CUUCUAGCUUAAGAUCGUUUCCGCAGACUUCCAAUUGCACUACUCUAGACCAUCUCCACAAGGACUGUCUUUCACCUUAUCCCUCCAUUCAAUAUCUAUCGCGUGCCUUCAGCAUACCCUACACAUCCCCAGUCCCUUACGCAACCUCGAUGCUACCCGUUCCCAAGCCGACCGCCCGUCAGCCUCGCAAAUGGACACUGGAAGAAGAUCGCAAAUUGCGAGAGGAAGUCGAAGCACAAAGAAGUGAGGGCGAAGUGAAGGAUUGGUGUCGCAUUGCCGCAAAGUUGCCUGGGCGAACCAAUAAGGAUUGUCGCAAAAGGUGGCUUAAUUCGGUCGCUGGAGGCUUGAAGAAAGGCCAAUGGUCAAAGAGUGAAGACAUACAAUUGGCACGGGGUGUGGAACAGUAUGGGCAAAGGUGGACAGUGAGUCGGACAUUACACGGAGAGGCUCAAAGCCACUUCAUAGACACUGAUGAAAUCCAGCUGGUCGCCGAACUGGUCGGUUCCCGAAGUGCAGACCAAUGUGCGAAACGGUGGCAACAGUCACUCGACCCCGAGCUGGAUCGGAGUGAGUGGCGAGAGAGCGAGGACCAACUUCUUAUCGAAGCCGUGCAGCGUUUAGGACGCCAUUGGAAAGAUAUACAGGAACGUCACUUUCGAGGACGGUCGAAGAAUUGCAUCAAGAACCGCUACACCGUAAUCAUGCGGAGGUACCAGAAUGCCGGUAUCACAUUGCCUGGAAGCACAGGAGGAUCCGAGCCAGGCACUCCUAGCCACCGCUUCUCUGCCUAUUCAGCCCAAGAUGAAGAGCCAUUGCAUUAUCCGGAGAAUAUGUAUGACGAUCUUUUGACGACCCACACACAAGUCUCGACGCCCGAUACCCAUCACUCUUGGUCCAUGGACGAAGAGCCUUUCGGCAACUGGUCAUCCCCGCAACCAUUUGGCAUGGCCCCCACCGCUCCCACCACCGACUUCAGAUUCGCUCAACAGCUUCACACGCCCGUGACAGUUGCAGCGCACUGGGGCUGGACAACCACAUCUAUGGAGCCUGGAUCAAUAAUUCCCAUGGCCUCCCCGACAGCUUUCCCACCAGGCUUCGCACAUCAAACCCCAACGUACGGUGCAAAUCCCGUUGGCCAGGGCACAGUCGCGCAAGUUCGGAGUCCACAAAGCAGCCAUCCUGCAGCCAACUAUCGUACUGUGAGCUACAGUAUGCGAGGUCCUACCAGUUCGCCGGGAUUGGUCAACGCUAUACCCUAUCAUGAUUCAACACCUAUGAGCAGAAUGGAGGGCGAGCACCGCUAUCGCUAUUGAACGGUCGGCCCACAAGUAUCAUAUUGGUUGUUGGACCUGACGCCGUCUCGCAUAUACCGGAGCUUAAAUCUGGGUCCAGCGCUCGCAUCCGAGUCUUGUUGACCUCCACAGGGUGGGACCAGAAAGAGCUCCCAGAUCUUCAACAGGUUGCACUU